AUGAUCGAGUUAUGGAGGAUGGAUGGAGAUGGAGAUUGGACGAAGGUGUUAACUUAUGGCCCGAUGUCAUUUUUUCUUUGGAGUCACUCGCUACUGCACUUGAUGAGAAAUGGAAAUUGGCUCAUUCAAAACGAAGUUGAUGUUUACGUAUUAGAUAUGAAGAAGCAUACCAAAGAAAUGGUGUUUACAUGUAACCCAAUCUAUACCCAACAUAAGUCUAAAGAGGCAUACCACAGAAUGGGUUCCAAAAAUAUAACUCCAAGAGGGAAAUACAUCGAGACUACUGUGUCACCCAAUAAAUAUUCUCUAUACGUAUGUACAUCUCCAUCAUACUCUUUAAACGAGGCAUAUGAAAAAGUCAUGAUUGAGAAGUAUGGGAACGAUGUCACUCAACAUCCGGAGGAAACUGUUGAGUUAGGAAGAUCCUCAGAUCUUAAGUUCGCGAUAACAGGAACACCCUCUAGGGGUCGUGGCAUGUCCUCCGUUGAGUACAAAGAGUCACAAGAACAGGUAAUGGAAAAUGCAGAUUUGAUCGCAAAUUGUGAGGUUUUUAAGUGGAUUGUGAUUGUAGAGAUGUUGUGA